CAUUUAACUAUAAACAAUGCUAUUCAUAACCACAAAGCUUCUAAAGAUAUAUCAGGACAUCCAACAUACUGUCGAUUAAAUAUAGACGAAUAUUAUAAAGUUCAACAAAUAUAUGCUGCAAGUACUAUUUACAAUGCCCGAAACAAAAUUCGUCAUGACAACCUUCAAGGUCAUACACCAAUUCAGGCUCUUUUUGAUAAGCUUAGUGAAGGAAAUUUUGAGCAUGACUUUCAAUAUGAUCAAAGUG